GUAAAAGUAAAACUAGACAGCUCCAUUUUUUGUCGAUGGGAAAAUAAACCAUUUCAGGAGUAAAAACACAGGUUUGAUUUAACACACCGAUGUUGGAGUGGACUAAAUGUGCGAUCUGCUGUAAUCUGGAGAAGGAGACAUGACCUGCAGCAUGAGUGUGUCUGGAGAACAGGACUUAAAGAAAGAUGAGAGAAUGAUUGAGGGAAAGAGAUCAGACUCACCAGAACCCAGCUGUGUGUCCUUGAAGAGUGACCGGUCAAUGGGACAUCCAUAUAACUUCAGAGACAGUUCUCCUGAUGUGAGACCACAAAAGAAGAAAUCAAACAUCAGCAGAAAUCAGCUGGACUCCAUAUUCAAGGAGCUGGAACACAAAGUCAUCUCUCUGAUAAAGAAUGAGCUGAAGAGGUUUAGGAAGCUCCUGAGUCCAGAUUACCCAGCAUGCACUGAGAGGGAGAUGGAGGAUGAGGAAGAUCUGCACAGUGUCAGAGAGGGAGCGCUGAAGAUCACACUGCACGUCCUGAAGAACAUGAACCACACAGAUCUCGCUAACACACUGCACAACAAGUCUGUGGCCCCUGUGUGUCAGACAGAGCUGAAAUCCAGCCUGAGAGAGAAGUUUAAAAGAAUUAAUGAAGGAAUAUCAGAGCAUGGAAGCUCAGCACUUCUGAAUGAGAUCUAUACAGAUCUCUACAUCACAGAGGGUUGGAGUGGAGACGUCAAUAAUGAACAUGAGGUGAGACAGAUUGAGGCAGCGUCCAGGAGACCAGCAACACAGGAGACACCCAUCAAAUGUAACGAGCUCUUUAAAGACAAGUCCAUCAGAAGAGUGCUGACUAAAGGAGUUGCUGGAAUUGGAAAAACAGUCUCUGUGCAGAAGUUCAUUCUGGACUGGGCUGAAGGAAAAGCAAAUCAGGACGUCACCUUCAUGUUUCCACUUCCCUUUCGAGAGCUGAAUCUGAUGAAGCAGAGAAAUAUCAGUCUGAUGGAGCUUCUUUACUACUUUUUCCCAGAAAUGAGAAAACUAGAAUUACUAGACUCCUACACUGUGGUGUUGAUCUUUGAUGGUCUGGAUGAGUGUCGACUUCCUCUAAAUUUCCAGAAGAAUGAGAGAUUGUGUGAUGUGACAGAGUCAGACUCGGUGGAUGUGCUGCUGACAAACCUCAUUAAGGGGAAUCUGCUUCCCUCUGCUCUCCUCUGGAUAACCUCUCGACCAGGAGCAGCCAAUCAGAUCCCUCCUGAGUGUGUAGACCAGGUAACAGAGGUACGAGGCUUCAGUGAUCCUCAGAAAGAGGAGUACUUCAGGAAGAGGAUCAGUGAUCAGAGUCUGGCCGAUAAUAUCAUCACACGCAUGAAGUCUUCAAGAAGCCUCUACAUCAUGUGCCACAUCCCAGUCUUCUGCUGGAUCUCAGCCACUGUUCUAGAGAGAAUGUUGGGUGAAGCAGAGAGUGGAGAGGUCCCCAAGACUCUGACUCAAAUGUUCACACACUUCCUGAUCUUUCAGAUCAAACACAAGGACCAAAAGUACCAUCAGAAAUGUGACCCUGAUCCUCAGCAGAGCAGAGAGAGUAUCCUGGCACUGGGGAAACUGGCUUUCCAACAGCUGGAGAAAGGAAACCUGAUCUUUUAUGAGGAAGACCUGAGAGAUUGUGGCAUUGAUGUUGGAGAAGUGGCAGUGUACUCAGGAGUGUGUACCCAAAUCUUCAAAGAGGAGUUUGGGCUUCACCUGGGGAAGGUGUUCAGCUUUGUACAUCUGAGUGUUCAGGAGUUUCUGGCUGCUUUAUACACAUUUCUCUGCUUUAUUUUUAGAAAGACAAAUGUGUUAGUGGAGCAACACACUGGCCGUUUCCAUUUCUUCAGCAAGUCAACCAUGUCUGAUUUCCUCAGGAGUGCAGUGGACAAGGCCUUACAGAGUGAGAAUGGACACCUGGACCUGUUCCUCCGCUUCCUUCUGGGUCUCUCACUGGAGUCCAAUAUGGCUCUCUUACGAGGCUUAAUGCCCCAGACAGGAAGCAGCUCUCACAGCAAACAGGAAACAGUCAGGUACAUCAAGAAGAAGAUCAGGGAGAAUCCAUCUCCAGAGAAAUCCAUCAAUCUGUUCCACUGUCUGAAUGAACUGAAUGAACAUUCUCUAGUGCAGGAAGUACAGACUUACCUGAACAGAGAAGAGAACUUUUGUCUCUGGGGUACCAGACUCUCUCCUGCUCAGUGGUCAGCUCUGGUGUUUGUCUUACUGAACUCAGAUCAGGAGCUGGAUGAGUUUGAGUUGAUGAAAUAUGACCCAUCAGAGGAAUGUCUUCUGAAGCUGCUGCCAGUGGUCAAAGCCUCCAGAAAGGCUGAGCUCUGGGGGUGUAAUCUGACAGAGGAAAGCUGUAGAGUUCUGUCCUCAGUUCUCAGCUCAAACUCCUCCAGACUGAGAGAACUGAACCUGAGUAACAAUAACGUGCAGGAUUCAGGAGUGAAGCUGCUCUCUGCUGGACUGGAGAAUCCACACUGUACACUGGAGACACUGAGUCUGUGGGAGUGUAAUCUGACAGAGGAAAGCUGUAGAGUUCUGUCCUCAGUUCUCAGCUCAAAAUCCUCCAGACUGAGAGAACUGGACCUGAGUGACAAUAACCUGCAGGAUUCAGGAGUGAAGCUGCUCUCUGCUGGACUGGAGAAUCCACACUGUACACUGGAGACACUGAGGAUGAUUAAAUGCAGUAUUACAGAUGAAGGUUGUGCUGCUCUGGCUUCAGCUCUGAGGUCAAACUCCUCAUCACACCUGAGAGAACUGAAUCUGAAAGGUAAUAAUCCAGGAGAAUCAGGAGUGAAGCUGCUCUCUGAUCUACUGAAGGAUCCACACUGUAAACUGGAGACAUUAUACAUUAAGAAGCAUAAACUCACCAGGACUGGCGUAUGACAGGAGUCUCACCUCAAACCUCUUCUCCAGGAUAAAGCAGUUUUGGUGGAGUUAGAACCCGUCCCACAUUUCCAGCAGUUUGGGAGCUGAAUCAUUAAACGUAAAGGGACAGAGCAGAUACAAAGUCAAGAACAGGCAGAAGGUCAUACACAGGAGAAAUCAACACACAUAACGCAAUAUCUGCUGUAACAAAAAAGUACUUAACCUCCAUUUAUACCAGUUCCCGAAGGCACUCGGAGACUGUGGUCAUUCACCGUAGGACCAAUUGCCCUGACUUGGUAGCAAUACUACCCCCGGCACUUUAGUGUAUUGUAAGAAUCAUUUUCAUGGUUGUCGUAAGAUUCUGGAUGACUGGUCCUCCACUGUGUUUGAGAUUGUGGCCUACAUUGAUGAAGUGGGAACGCUGUAUAAGAUCAGACCACAUGGAGAAGAUGGCCCCAUUAAAACUGUCCAUUGCUCAGAACUUAAGCCUGUUCUUACUUGGCAAUAAUAUGCCAGGUAAACCAAUGGGUCAGGUUUACUGGCUCCUUCCAGCCCCAGGAGUGAGUAGAUCCAGAAGGACCUAGAAUUGGAGAUUAUUCACAAGUGGCCAUAGUCCAUACGAGAACGGGUGUAAGGAACUCUGAGGGUCAAGUCCACGUUGAAUAUAUAUAUAUAUAUAUAUAACACACACACACUUUCUCACCAAGCUGCUUGGCAAUGGUCCAAGCCCAUUCCAGACUUGUGUAGGUCUACAAUCUUGUCCCUGACAUACUUGGAGAGCUCUUUGGUCUUGGCCAUGGUGGAGAGUUUGGAAUCUGACUGAUUGAUUGCUUCUGUGGACAGGUGUCUUUUAUACAGGUAACAAACUGAGAUUAGGAGCACUCCCUUUAAGAGUGUGCUCCUAAUCUCAGCUCGUUACCUGUAUAAAAGACACCUGGGAGCCAGAAAUCUUUCAGAUUGAGAGGGGCCAAAUACUUAUUUCCCUCAUUAAAAUGCAAAUCAAUUCAUAACAUUUUUGACAUGCGUUUUUCUGGAUUUUCUUGUUGUUAUUCUGUAUCUUACUGUUCAAAUAUACCUACCAUUAAAAUUAUAGACUGAUCAUUUCUUUGUCAGUGGGCAAACGUACAAAAUCAGCAGGGGAUCAAAUACUUUUUUCCCCUCACUGUAUAUACAGAAAGGAGGAAGAGUUAGAUCAUUGCUUGACUUAACUAGGAACAGAGAGCUUAUUGUGUACUCAGAUAUGAUGUACACGCUAUUACACAGAGAGAGAGAGAGAGAGAGAGAGAGAGGAAAAGAGGAAACAGGACAGGUGUAAGUGAUGGAGAUAAUGACGAAUGAAUUAAGGAUAAUUAAAGAAAAACAAACCCAAAACUAUUUGUCCAAUUUCAGAUUUAUUUCACCUUAUUAUAAAAUUUAUUUGUUUAUGUAACAUGUUAUGUUUUCCCAUAAUGACGUUGGCUUCAUCUAUCAUACCUACAUAUUUUAUUCAGGCAGUAGACAGGAGUCGAAGUGGGGGCUGUUAGGGGGGGAAGGGACACAGUUUUGAGACCACGCUCAGCAAUUGUAGUGUAGCCCCUUCUUUAUUCUUUACAAUUAUUUUCAGUAAAGAAACUAAGUCUUUGUAAUAGGCAUCUACUGCGAUUCCUCCACGGAAGUAAAAGGUCACAACAAUAUCUCCAGGUAACAUGAAGACAUAACAACAUAAAUCUGUCAGAAGGGCCCCACAUGAUCUAGGUUCGCCUCUGGGCACAUCUGAUCCCAAUUACACGUACACACACACACACACACACACACACACACACACACACACACACACACCUGUAUGUAGAGACUUUCUACCGCCUGCUCUUUGCGAAGUAUAUGCUCAAUUCCAUCCUGUCUUUGACGUUACCAAACAGUUGUAUUUGCUGCCUGUUUUCUACUAGUUCUGACAUUGACUUUGUUUAUUGAUCGCUUGACCUGUGCCUGUUUCAUGUUUUUCCCGCUGCCUUGCAUUUUGGAUUUGUUGCAAGCUUUUAUUAAAGCCUUACCUGCAUUUGCAUCAGUCUCAGCUCUCAUUACCUGACAUCAUGUUUGUCAGAAGUGAAUUAAAUGAUUAGCCUAAUAUCUGUGACACUCUUGCAAGCAACCGUUCUAGAUGGUUCA